AUGGCGAGCAACGGCGAUGAAUCACCCAGAUCCGGCGCCGGGGCAGCGAACGAGAACCCUGCGUCCGCUGCAUUCAGUUCAGACAAGCUGCCGAUGAAUUCCAGUCAAAAUUACACGGACGACGACGGCGAAGAAGAUGACGAAGGAGAGGACCUCUUCAACGACCAAUUCAUGAACGAUUUCCGGAGGAUGGGAAAGCAGGACCAGUACGAAACCAUGGAGGAUGAUAGGGAUUUGGACCAGAUUAUGGCUAACCGCAGAGCUGCUGAGAUCGAACUCGAUGCAAGACAACCUUCUCGUUCUCACCAAGACACCAAUGACGAUGAAGACAGGCUGCCGAUAAUAACUACAGGUGACAAGCAGCCAAAUACUCCAACCAGCAUGGAUGAUACUGAUGGGAUACCCAGUUCACCUGGUAGAUCACAAGGAGUGAACUUCAGAGAUGAUGUAUCCAUGACUGAUCUGGACGAUGAUGAAGAGAAUGAGGAAGGUGAGUUUAAGAUGUAUAGGGUUCAAGGAACCCUCACAGAGUGGGUUACGAGAGAUGACGUGAGGCGUUUCAUUGCCAAGAAGUUCAAGGAGUUCUUGCUUACUUAUGUGAAUCCAAAAUUGGUUCAUGGAGACUUUGAGUACCUAAGGCAGAUAAAUGAAAUGGUGGCGGUUAACAAGUGCAUUCUGGAGAUUGAUUACAUGCAAUUUCUCUUUACCCACCCGAACAUUGGAAUCUGGCUUGCAGAUGCUCCUCAGUCGGUUCUCGAGGUUAUGGAGGAAGUUGCCACUAAGAUUGUUUUCCAGUUUCAUCCAAAUUACAGCAAAAUCCAUCAGAAGAUAUAUGAAGCACUCGACUCCAUGCGUGGGAAAAUUAAGAGACUCGAAAGGGAAGAUCGGGAAAUAGAGAAAGAGAUGGUAAUAAAGUCGUCGAGUUUGCAGAAUGUACUCGAGUCAAUGGAGGCUUUCAGUGGAAGCUCGUUGAGAGUUUACGAGGAGCUGUUGGAACGGAUGAAUGUGCUUGAUUUUGCAUCAUGA